AUGCUCUCCUCCGUCGUCUCCGCCGUGGCCCUCGCGGGCGCCGCGACCGCCAGCGUCGAGUGCGCGCGCGGCCUGCACAUCAUCGUCGCCCGCGGGUCCAACGAGGACGCCGGCACGGGCAUCACCGGCACCCUCGCCGACCGCAUCGCCGACCGCAUCCCCGGCAGCAACGUCGCCGCCCUCGACUACCCGGCCACCAUCACCGACCCGGCCUACUUUGAGUCGGUCGACGACGGCAGCGACGAGAUGCGCGACGUCCUCCAGGAGUACAUCGACGAGUGCCCCGGCGGCAAGGUCGCCGUCAUGGGCUACUCGCAGGGUGCCCAGGUCUCCGCCGACGCUUUCUGCGGCGACGUCACCACCUCUGGCUUCGGCGACGAGGACGGCCUGCCCUUCCAGCUCGUCGACGACCCCAUUGUCGCCAUUGUCCUCUUUGGCGACCCCUCGCACGUCGCCAACGCCACCUACAACCGCGGCACCGCCGACUCGGACGGGCUCUUCCCCCGCCGCGACCAGGACGAGUGCGAGAAGCUCGGAUCCCGCAUUGUCUCCUACUGCGACGAGGGCGACGAGUACUGCGACCUCAGCGGCGAGCGCGACUAUGACGUGCACGGCGAGUACGUCCAGAGGUACGGCGACGAGGUGGUCGACUUUGUCGUCGACCGCUACCAGAGCGUCGCGUCGGGCACGGACUCCUCGACCAGCGUCACCACGCCCACACCCACACCCACACCCACCUCUGGCGGCAGUGGAAGUGACAGCGAGGACGAAGCAACUGGCACGGGCGAGAGUGGUGCUGAAGAGACGGGCGAGGGUGGUGAUAGUGCAGCUGCUGCCAUGCUGCCCAGCCUCGGCCUCGUCGCGCUGCUAGGCAUGGCUAUGCUCUAG